AGGAAAGUAUGAUUUUCAAGCGAAACCCAACGAAAGGACGUGCUUUAUAUUUCCCUUAUUCACUCGGGCCGCAGAGGUGAGAUUGGGAUCAUCCAUUUGUUGUAACUAUUACAACUACGAUUGCAAUUGAAGAUUGAUGUACUUAAAUUAAACUAUACUGAUAUCCCUUUUAGAUGCUACUUUGCAUGCCACAAAUACAUUUCGUGAAAAAUCAAAAACCUAGUUUUAAUUUAUUUUGGUCUCAAUCGAAACGCGGGCUGUAAUUUGGGUGCUGCCAACUUGAUGCAAGGAACAGCUGUUUGCAAUUCCAAAUAGGUUGGCAGUCCUGGCGCCAUCUGUUGGCCACAACAAUACUGAUAAGGCAAGGAAAAAAUCGCCGCUACCUUUCAAUUCAUUCAAUUGCACGAGAUCAAGAUCAACCUGUUUGCCAAAAUCCUACAAAAUGCUGCCCACCAAAACGGACUCCCGUCGACGUCUCAAUAUUGGGGGCUCCAGCCCGGCGUCUGGCGACUACGUCAAGGUGAUAGAUGACCAAUGUGAAACGGAUGGGUUCGUGAACGAGCAAUGGACAGAACCAAACUUGAUACUUGAGCCAACGCCAUGGAAAACGAUACUCAUCAUCCUCACGCUGUUCAUAGGCGGCACGAUAUGUAUUGGCUUUGCCACCAUAGACUGGAUGGCGGAUAUAAAUCGAGAGCGGCUGGACCGUGUGUGGGCUUUGUCCAUUAUCGGAGCACUGACCAUUAUACCCGGCGGCUACUACAUGUAUGUGCUAUCCUGCGUUAUGCUGCAUCGUCGUGGCUACACCAUGGAUGAUAUACGACGACUGGGAUAGGGAAAGGGGAUUAGCAUAUGUGUAUUUGUCUUUGUUUUUAUGUUGUACUAUGUUUUGUCAAAUACAGUUUUAUUGCAUU